GCACGGCUCCUCCAAUUCGAAACCACGGACAAUCUGGCGGGAAAAUGUCAAAUUGCAAACUUCCACAGGAAGCUUAAUCAAUUAGUCAACCCUAAUUUCCAAAUUUGAAACCCACGCCUCACCCGCCAUUAUCUACUAUAUAUUGGGGCCUAAUCUGAUCACUUCUUCAGAGAAACGCUUAUCUGCGGUUUGUGAAAGAUGUACGUCGUGAAGAGAGAUGGGCGUCAAGAAGCAGUCCAUUUCGAUAAGAUAACCGCCCGAUUGAAGAAGCUCAGUUAUGGACUGAGCACCGAGCACUGUGAUCCCGUCAUGGUGGCGCAAAAAGUAUGUGCUGGUGUCUAUACGGGUGUAACCACUAGCCAACUGGAUGAAUUGGCUGCUGAAACGGCCGCUGCGAUGACUGCCAAUCACCCUGACUACGCUUGUUUGGCUGCUAGGAUUGCCGUUUCUAAUCUCCACAAGAACACUCAAAAGUCAUUUUCAGAGACGGUCAAAGUCAUGUAUAGUCAUUUCAAUGAGAGAUCUGGUUUGAAGGCUCCUCUUAUAGCUGAUGAUGUCUAUGAAUUAAUUAUGAAGAAUGCUGCUCGUUUAGACAGUGAGAUUAUCUAUGACAGAGACUUUGACUAUGAUUAUUUUGGUUUCAAAACCCUUGAGAGGUCCUAUCUACUAAAGGUUCAAGGGAAGGUUGUGGAAAGGCCUCAGCACAUGCUGAUGAGGGUAGCUGUUGGAAUUCACAAGGAUGACAUAGAGUCUGCUGUCCGAACAUACCAUUUGAUGUCUCAGCGAUCGUUUACUCAUGCAUCUCCUACUCUUUUCAAUGCUGGAACUCCAAGACCUCAAUUGAGUAGUUGCUUCCUUCUGUGCAUGAAAGAUGAUAGCAUAGAAGGUAUAUUUGAUACUUUGACAGAGUGUGCUGUCAUCAGCAAGUCAGCUGGAGGAAUUGGGCUCUCUGUUCACAAUAUUCGAGCCACAGGCAGUUAUAUUCGUGGAACUAAUGGGACAUCCAAUGGUAUUGUUCCUAUGCUUCGUGUGUUCAAUGAUACUGCUCGUUAUGUUGAUCAAGGGGGAGGCAAGAGGAAAGGUGCAUUUGCUGUGUACCUGGAGCCAUGGCAUGCUGAUAUAUUUGAGUUUUUGGAGUUACGAAAAAAUCAUGGAAAGGAAGAGCACCGUGCUCGAGAUUUGUUCUAUGCUCUAUGGGUACCUGAUCUCUUCAUGGAAAGAGUUCAGAGUAAUGGACAAUGGUCAUUGUUUUGUCCCAAUGAAGCACCCGGUUUGGCAGAUUGCUGGGGUGAAGAAUUUGAGAAGCUAUAUCUUGAUUAUGAAAGAAAGGGAAAAGCAAAAAAGGUUGUUCAGGCUCAGAAUCUCUGGUUUGAAAUCCUAAAAUCCCAAAUUGAAACUGGAACCCCUUAUAUGCUUUUUAAGGACUCCUGCAAUAGGAAAAGUAACCAGCAAAAUCUAGGGACAAUUAAGUCUUCAAACUUGUGUACUGAGAUAAUUCAGUAUACCAGUCCAAUAGAGACUGCUGUCUGCAAUCUGGCGUCAAUUGCCCUGCCUCGUUUUGUAAGAGAGAAGGGUGUUCCGAUGGAGUCUCAUCCAUCUAAGCUUGUUGGUAGCACAAGCUGCAGGAAUCGAUAUUUUGACUUUGAUAAACUGGCAGAGGUUACUGCAGUGGUGACAACCAAUCUUAAUAAAAUAAUUGAUGUUAAUUACUAUCCAGUUGAAACUGCAAGGAAAUCAAACUUGCGUCACAGACCUAUUGGUAUAGGAGUACAGGGUCUUGCUGAUACUUUCAUACUGCUCGGCAUGGCAUUUGAUUCACCAGAGGCUCAGCAGUUGAACAAGGAGAUUUUUGCAACAGUAUAUUAUCAUGCUUUAAAAACUUCAUCUGAAUUGGCUGCAAAGGAGGGUCCCUAUGAAACAUAUAGUGGGAGUCCUAUGAGCAAGGGGAUUCUUCAGCCAGACAUGUGGGGUGAGAUACCCUUAAAGCUUUGGGAUUGGGAUGCACUCAGGGAUAUGAUAUCAAAGAAUGGAGUGAGAAAUUCACUUCUUGUAGCCCCUAUGCCAACAGCAUCUACCAGCCAGAUUCUUGGAAACAAUGAGUGUUUUGAGCCAUAUACUUCUAAUAUCUACAGUCGAAGAGUUAUAAGUGGUGAAUUUGUUGUGGUGAACAAGCACCUUCUUCAUGACUUGACUGAGAUGGGACUGUGGUCUCCUACGAUCAAGAAUAAGAUCAUAUAUGAGAAUGGUUCAGUUCAGAAUAUCCCAGAAAUACCCAAUGAGCUGAAACUCAUAUACAAAACUGUUUGGGAGAUCAAGCAAAGGACAUUGGUUGAUAUGGCUGUUGAUCGUGGGUGCUACAUAGAUCAGAGUCAAAGUUUAAACAUUCACAUGGAUCAACCUAACUUUGGAAAGCUUACUUCCUUGCACUUCUAUGCAUGGUCCAAGGGUUUGAAGACCGGAAUGUACUACCUCCGAUCACGAGCUGCAGCAGAUGCCAUCAAGUUCACUGUGGAUACAUCUGCUCUCAAGGACAAUCCAAAGGUGGAGGAGAAAGAAGAGGAAGAUGAUGGUACCAAGAUGGCACAAAUGGUAUGUUCUUUGACAAACCGUGCAGGGUGUUUAGCUUGUGGAAGUUAAGAAUGAUCCUAUAUUGGAAUGACAUCGCCUGAACAACAUUAGGCUUUUACCUUUUGAUCAUUACAAUACAGAAGAAUGACAGUAAGCCCGAGAAUCUACGUGAUUUGAUUCACUAGUCAAAUACUACGUGCUUGUCUGAAGCUUAAGAUGAUUUCUUUAGCUUUGUAUAUAUCAGUUUCGCUUGUUACUUAUAUAUGAUAGAUGUUUAAUGUUAUUUUCUCCAUAGUUGUAUCUAAAUAGUAAAUAAAAUUCUGCGCGCUAAACAAAUGUAUCAGAACGUUAUCUGUAAAACUGGUGCUUUUGCAUGUGAUAUACGGUUGAUGCUGUUUAUAUUUUA